UAAUCAAAAAACAAUCCGUCUUUGGUGCUACAUUAAUUUAAAGAUGUAUUCUUAAAAGAUCGGUCCUUAAACAUUAAUGAAGGGAGCACCCAGAGGGUUAAACGCAUACAGGAAGUUUAUCCCGGACUUGUAUAAAGACGCUUCCGGUGCUCCUCUAAGAAGAAACAUAUUUUCAAACAUUCAUGGCUUGACGUUACAUAAAGAUACACGAAGCGACAAAACAGCGGCACAAGAUGAACUAUGUACCGGGGACGGCGAGCCUCAUUGACGACAUCGACAAGAAGCACCUGGUGCUGCUCCGAGAUGGCAGAACUCUGAUCGGUUACCUCAGAAGCAUUGAUCAGUUCGCCAAUUUAGUUUUUCAUCAGACGGUCGAGCGCAUCCACGUGGGGAAAAAAUUUGGUGACAUCCCCCGAGGAAUAUUCAUUGUGAGAGGAGAGAAUGUGGUGCUGCUGGGAGAGAUAGAUGUGGACAAGCCCUGCGACACACUCCUCCAGCAGGUCUCCAUCGAAGAGAUCCUGGAGGAACAGCGGCUGCAGCAGCAGGCCAAACAGGAGACGGAGAAAGUCAAAAUGCAGGUCCUGAAGGACCGAGGCCUUUCCAUCCCCAAAGCUGACAACUUAGACGAAUACUGACGAGUGGCGUCUCGACUCCAUGAGCUUCUGCCUCAGUGUGUGUCGGACUGAGAAGCUUGUACGUGGGAUUUGAGUUGGAGGGCGAUUGCCAGUGUGUUUUCGUGUCAUGGGCACAAGGCUGCGUCAUGUUGGGCCUGUAUACUGUAGUGUACUGUGUGAGUUUAAUUUGAAUCAUGUGGAGGGAAAAAAGUUCAUGUUUUGUUUUGGUUUUUGGUGAUUUAGCGAUCAUUUGACAGCAGCACUUUCUAUUUUGUCACUGUGUCUUUUUGUCUGGACAUCAGUGGGCCUGCUAUUGACGACAACUACUUGCUAUGCUCCAUUAAAGAGUUUAGUUUUUCAUUA